AUGGCGGAGCCAGCGCAGAAGAAGGCCCGCACCGGGCGCACUUUCCUUUUCUCCUCGGAGUCCGUGAACGAGGGCCAUCCGGACAAGAUCUGCGACCAGGUCUCCGAUGCGGUUCUGGAUGCAUGCCUGAAGGUGGACCCCAAGAGCAAGGUGGCCUGCGAGACUGCGACCAAGGACAACAUGGUCAUGGUGGCGGGCGAGAUCACCACGCAGGCAAAGCUGGACUACGACAAGGUGGUGCGAGGAGUGGUGGAGCAGAUUGGCUUCGAUAGCUUUGUGGACGAUCUGUCCAGCGUGGACAGCAAGGGCUUGAGCUUCAAGACCUGCGAAGUUUUGGUGCGCAUCAACAAGCAGAGCCCGGACAUUGCAGGCGGCGUGCACGUGGGCAAGGAUGAGAUGGACGUGGGCGCAGGCGACCAGGGCAUCAUGUUUGGCUAUGCCAGCGAUGAGACCUCGGACUGCAUGCCCCUGACUCACUCCAUGGCCACGCGGCUCGGCAAGACCCUGACCGAUGUGCGCAAGAGCGGGGAGUGCUGGUGGCUGCGACCAGAUGGCAAGACCCAGGUGACCAUCGAGUACCUGCAGCACCCGGACGGCUCCGUGGAGCCCAAGAAGAUCCACACUGUGGUGAUCUCCACUCAGCACGCGGAGCCUCUGAAGGCCGUGCGCAGCAAGGAGUGCGCUGGCUACAAGGGCACAGAGAUGACUGCACCCAGCAUGGAGCAGAUGAACAAGGAGAUUGAAGAGAAGGUGAUCAAGCGCACGCUGGAGUCCAUCACGCUGAAGAGCGGCAAGUCCGCCAUCACCCUGUACGGCAGCCACACCCACCUGCACAUCAACCCUUCGGGCAAGUUCAUCAUCGGCGGUCCUCAGGGUGACGCAGGCCUCACGGGCCGCAAGAUCAUCAUCGACACCUACGGUGGCUGGGGUGCCCACGGCGGCGGUGCCUUCUCGGGCAAGGACCCAACCAAGGUGGACCGAUCAGCGGCAUACAUCUGCCGGCAGAUGGCCAAGUCCGUGGUGAACAGCGGCCUGAGCGCUAGGUGCCUGGUUCAGCUGUCCUACGCCAUCGGCGUGGCGAAGCCUUUGUCUCUCUUUGUGGAGACCUACGGUAGCGAGAAGGGAGAUCUCACGGUGGACGACAUCACCAACGUCCUCAAGAUCGAGUUCGAUUGCCGCCCUGGCGCCAUUGCACAGUCGCUGGCUUUGCGCGAGCCGAAGUACCAGGACACGGCUGCCUACUGCCACUUCGGCCGAGAGGCAGUGACAAAGGAUGGCAUCAAGUUCUUCGAGUGGGAGAACCCCAAGGACCUUUCCAAGUACAAGGCCAUGAAGAGCGCUCAGGUGGAGGCUGCCUUGAAGGGCAGCAACUACCUGACGAAGUGGGUGGACUAA